CAAGUAUGGGCCGUUAACUCUUGUGCCUACCACACGCUUUGCACGCUUCCGCAAAGUGGAUUGGAAUUCACGCUCAAGUCCGCAGAGGAAACACGACUUGGCUGCCGUCAUUGUGGUGGGCAAUUGUUAGCUCGCAGCUAGGGUUUGGAAGUUCCAAGCGCCGAGGUAGAGGGAUCAGGGCUUGCAAGCAGCAGCGAUGGCGUGCGACAGUAGCACGAUCGCCGAGGGCGUGGAGCGAUGCCCAUUCCUGAGGAACAUUGGCGAGCCGACCUCGUUCAAUUUCAGCAGCUUUGCUCCCAUCAAGUUCCCCAAUCCGCUGCGCGGAUCGAGAGGGCCAAUUUUUGAGGAUGGCCCUGGUUUCGACACCGCAUUUCGAUUGUUCCACGGCAAGGAUGGUGUGAUUCCGCUCUCCCGGAACAAGGCUGACGAUGGCGCCGAGACCCUGGAAGUCCCCAAGAUGGGCUUCCAUCCACUGGCGGCAUCCGCGGCUACCAUAAGUCUCUCCUCGUUUGGAGCCGGGAGAUUUAAUUUUGACGCGUUCAUGGCCAAGCAACAGAAGAAAAAGAAGGAGCGCAAGGAGUCUGAAUCGAAGCAAAACAAGGACCAUCUUCACGAAGCUCUUGGCUCCGAGUGGCUGGCAACUGGGAACUGCCCGAUCGCACGCUCUUGUCGAGCAGUAAGUGGAGUGCUACCUCUCGUCGCAAAGUGGUUCAAACCACCCUCAGGGAUGAAGUACCGGUGUCCACCGGCUAUCGUCGCCGCUCGAGCCGCCCUGGCGAGAACUGCGUUCGCAAAGAACUUGAGGCCGCAACCAUUGCCAUCCAAACUCCUGGCAAUCGGCCUCCUGGGGAUGGCAACCAACGUGCCGCUGGGGGUCUGGCGCGAACACACAAAGAAGUUCUCUCCGGAGUGGUUCGUCGCGGUCCAUGCAGCGGUGCCAUUCAUUGCUAUGAUGAGAAAGGCCGUCAACAUGCCGAAGUUCGCUAUGGCUUUCACUAUCGGGGCAUCCAUCCUGGGACAGGUGAUUGGCUCUCGCGCCGAGAGGAUCCGGCUAGCACAGGCGAAGCUGGCUGCAAACGGUCCGGGGGUGGUGACAGAGAUUUGCUUAUCUCGUGACAACAAUAGAGCUUCUUCGACGAUUGCUGGAGGCAAAAGCUCUAGUCCUCCUGCUCUACUAGUUGGAGACCGAAGCUCCGGCUCUAGUUCUGGAGGGGAAGCGGGAGAACAGAUUGAUUCGCUCAACCAUCAGUGCGCGAAGCUGGUCUGGGACGAGUUUAAGUCGCCAGUCUCAAGAACAGUCGAUGCGUUUUAAAAGCUUUCGGUGCAGCCUGGUGAGAAUAAAAAAGUUUCUGCUUCAAACCAAACAAGGUCUGUGCUUCGUAUUUUUCUUUCUUGUUUUCACAUUGUAAUAAUUCAAGCAAACAUUGUGAUUGUUUUAAAA